AUAAAUGGCCUCUCCAUGGCUUCCAUUGCCCUUCUCCUCCUCAUCCUCCUCAUCUCGACCACCAUUGUUUCCGGCGAGGUUGGCUCCUCUCUCCGCCUCGGCCUCGUCAGAAAGCCAUCCCCUGAUGUCGUCUUCUCUCCUGUUUUCCGGGAAGCUCCGGCCUUCCGAAACGGCGGCGGUUGCCGGGAAGAUCCACGUGGAGGAGGAGGGGAGAGGAUCCACGUGGCGAUGACCCUCGACGGGAACUACCUGAGGGGGACAAUGGCUGCCGUCCUCUCCAUCCUCCAGCAUUCGACGUGUCCGGAAGACGUCGAGUUUCACUUCCUCUGGUCUCACCCUGAAAACGGCAUCGUUUCCGCCAUUAACAGCACCUUCCCUUACCUCACCUUCCACCUCUACCGGUUCGACCCCGACAGGGUCCGUGGAAAGAUCUCCCGGUCCAUCAGAGAAGCUCUUGACCAGCCCUUGAACUACGCACGGACCUACCUCUCUGACAUCCUCCCCGAGAAGGUGACACGUGUCAUAUACCUGGACUCUGACAUAAUCCUCGUCGACGACAUUGCAAAGCUCUGGUCGGUGGACCUGGGCGACCACGUGGUGGCGGCGCCGGAGUACUGCCACGCGAACUUCACCAAGUACUUCACCGACAUGUUUUGGUCGGACCCAGAAUUCUCCGGCACGUUCAGAGAUCGCCGGCCGUGCUAUUUCAACACCGGAGUGAUGGUCGUCGACGUGGGGAAAUGGCGCGAAGGAGAGUUCACGAGGAAGGUGGAGGAAUGGAUGAGUGUGCAGAAACAUAGGAGGAUCUAUCAUUUGGGCUCUCUUCCUCCGUUCUUGCUGGUCCUCGCCGGAAAGAUCAAAGCCGUUGAUCACCGGUGGAACCAGCACGGUCUCGGCGGCGACAAUGUUCAAGGAAAGUGUCGGAAUCUGCACCCUGGUCCCAUCAGUCUGCUCCAUUGGAGCGGGAAAGGGAAGCCAUGGCUUCGUCUCGAUUCUCGAAGGCCCUGCGCCGUUGAUCAUCUGUGGGCCCCGUACGAUCUCUACCGUUCAUCUACGAAUUUCCUCGAAGAGUAGUGUACACGUGUCUGUAUCUGGUUGGUGUUUUGCAUGAUAUUUGGUCUUGGUCAUGGAGGAGGGGGGUCAUGGUCAUCAUGCUUAUAACAAAAUUAAGCUAUAAUCGUUUAAAAAUUUUGUAUGAACCAAUGGUUUAUAAUGCACUGUUUGGUGCUUACGUAUUAA